AUGAAGGAUCCUCAACUACCAGGUUAUAAAUUCCAGAAGGUUCAUUCAAAACAGCAUGAGGAUAAAAAGACUAAAAAAGAAACUCUGGUCAGACCCACCAGAACUUCACUGCUGGCAUCCAGAGCACCAUCUAUUACAGCGGAGCAACGUAUGAAGCUGACUCCGUUUGAGAGGAUCAUCUAUGACAUGUCACACAAUGAGAGCAUCGUCAAUGAUAUUAUUCUGGGCAGAAGGGUUGCCUUCUACGAACUCAGAGGGGAAAUCGGCUCUGGCAAUUUCUCACAAGUCAGACUUGGGAUUCAUGCCUUAACUAAAGAACGAGUUGCAGUGAAGAUUCUCAAUAAAACACAACUGGACAAGAGGACAAAAUCAUUACUCGCCUCAGAAAUUUCUUGUAUGGAAGGACUGCUGCAUCCGAACAUUGUACGUCUUUAUGAAGUAAUAGAAACUAGCAAAAAUCUGUACCUGGCUAUGGAGUACGGCAGUGGAGGAGACCUGUUCUCACGCAUCAUUACCAGGGGGCAACUGUCAGACCUAGAGAGCAAACUCGUCUUCGCCCAGAUCAUCUCUGCAGUUAAAUACAUGCAUGACAGCAACAUAGUUCAUCGUGACCUGAAGGCUGAAAAUGUUUUCUACACAACCACCUACUGCAUCAAGAUAGGUGAUUUUGGUUUCGGUACCGUCAGCAGCCCAGGUGACAUCCUGACCACGUUCUGCGGCUCUCCCCCGUAUGCGGCACCUGAGCUGUUUAAAGAGAAAGGCUACGUGGGCCAUUACGCAGAUAUCUGGGCACUAGGCGUCUUGCUGUACUUCAUGGUCACGGCUGCCAUGCCGUUCCACGCCGAAAACCUAGGCCGGCUGAAACGUGGUAUCCUGCAGGGCACUUACACCAUCCCGCAUCAUGUUCCCGAGCCCUGCCAGCAAGUCAUUCGAAGCAUGCUUAGACCUAUUCCUCCGGAUCGUAGUAGCAUUUCCCAGAUCAUGACGUCUACCUGGAUGAGAGGCGUCGACUAUCCAAAGCCUUAUCCUUUCCUCAGACUGACACCCAGUCACCUGGCUGAACCAUCUCAGAACCUGAAUUCAGAGGAUGAAGAGGUAAAGUCAGCGCUUCGUGAUUUGGGAAUAAGUCACGUGCACUUGCAGAAUAACGCUUGUACGGACCUGCGCAAUCCCCUCACAGGAACGUAUCGCAUUUUAGCACAUAGCAUACAGAAAAGAAAACUGGUGGAAGCUGUGAGUUACUCUGCGCUGAACCCUGAAGAUUUUCAUGAUAGGAAGCAAUGGAAGACCAAACAUGAUCCAUCUGCUGUCUGCACUGUGCUCUGA